UUCUCUGCUUCUCCAUCCCUGCCCUGUUUGUUGUGCAAGUAGUGUGUUAUUGCAUGCUAGCUAGUGUGCAUAGCUCUCUCUCUCUCUCUAGUAGAGUCUGCUUGUAGCCAGUAAUGCUCUGAGUGUGUCUGUCCUGCAUUGGUCCCUGUAGCCUAAACACACACUGUCUCCUCCCUCUCCCUGGCUUAUCUGGGUGAGGGCUGCUCUCUGUGCCAUCUGUCUGUGUCUUGUUGCUGGAAUGCUUUUGUGUGGCUGGCCCUGGGCUCUGUGUCCGCACCAAUCUGUGCCCACCCCCACUCAACAUCACUGCCUUCCAGCCUGCCCAUUGCACUGGCAUUCUAUGGAUUUGGGAUAAACACAGCCAGUGAGUACCCUGUGGUCUCUGGAAAUCUGUUAACAUGUUGUCUGUCUACCCCUGUCACUUCUUAAUUCUUCUUUUGCAUGUGUGCCUAAAUCUGCCUGCCCAGGUCUGUCUGUCCAGCUUUCCUGCCCACUUCUGUCUGUCCCAACUAGCCUUCCCUGGUCUGUCUGUCCAACCUACCUGCCCACUUCUGUCUGUCCCAACUCCCAACUAGCCUUCCCUGGUCUGUCUGUCCAGCCUGCCUCCCGUCUUCUGUGUAUCGAUGACAGCCAGCCCUUGUCUGUGUCCAAGCUACCUCCUGCCAACUUCUGCCUGUGCCAACUAACCUGUCUAGGUCUGUCUGUCCAUUCUGGCUACAUUUUUGUAUGUCCUAACCUACCCAUUCUUCUGUUUUCCAAACCUGCCCAUCCUAAUAUGCUGUUCUAUACCUGCUCAUUCUACUUUGUGUGUCUUCUUUUUGCCGAGCCUGCCUGUUCAGGUUUGUUUUUGUUGCCUACAUGCCAAAGACUAUCUCUCCAGACUGUCUCCAAGUCAGUCCUAUCAAUUUAUAACUGUCCUUAGACUUUAGCCACUGCUACAGUUGUUCUUAAUUCAAGGUGUUCCUCUUCUUUGUAUUUUUUAUGUCCAUUGUGUGGGGUACAGGGUCACCAUGUUGCUUCAAUCACCUUGUUAACCAAUCAGUAAUAUUUUGGGCACUCAAGUCUGCAUCAACAGGAGAUUCUUUGCCUAAGGGGUUUCUUACCAACUUCCAAGGAAAUUUUCAGAAAUCAUGGAUGCUGGGAAAAUGACUGUGAGCAUAAACAAAGCCAUCAACACUCAAGAGGCAGCUGUAAAGGAAAAACAUGCAAGAACUUGCAUCUUGGGAACACACCAUGAGAAGGGGGCACAGACUUUCUGGGUGGCGGUGAACCGCCUGCCUUUGUCCAGUAAUGCAGUCCUGUGCUGGAAAUUCUGCCAUGUUUUUCACAAGCUUCUGAGAGAUGGCCAUCCCAGUGUUCUAAGGGAUUCUCUUCAUUAUAAAAAUGAACUUAUUGAUAUGAGCCGAAUGUGGGGCCACCUUAGUGAAGGAUAUGGGCAGCUGUGCAGCAUCUAUCUCAAACUUCUGAUCAUUAAGAUGGAGUUCCAUACAAAGAAUCCACGAUUCCCUGGAAAUCUUCAGAUGACUGACCGGCAACUGGAUGAAGCUGGAGAGAAUGAUGUAAACAAUUUUUUUCAGUUAACAGUGGAAAUUUUCGAUUACAUGGAGUGGGAGCUUAAUUUAUUUCACACAGUAUUUAAAUCUCUGGACAUGUCACGCUCGGUCUCUGUUACUGCUGCUGGCCAGUGCCGACUGUCACCUCUAAUACAAGUCAUCCUGGAUUGCAGCCAUUUGUAUGACUACACUGUCAAGCUGCUCUUUAAACUGCACUCCUGCCUUCCAACAGACACCUUACAGGGACAUCGAGAUCGCUUCAUGGAACAGUUCCAGAAAUUAAAAGAUUUGUUUUACCGUUCAAGUAACCUGCAAUAUUUCAAACGCCUUUUACAGAUUCCCAAACUACCAGAGAAUCCGCCAAACUUUUUGCGGGCUUCAGCACUGUCUGAGCACAUUAGUCCUGUGGUUCUGAUACCAAGUGAAAACUCACCUCCUGACAGUGAGAGCCUAAUAGAGACAGAAGAUCUUGUAGGGAUGGAUACAUUAUCACAUCAGAGUCUGUCUGAAAAUACAUUUGAUGAUAUAUUUGGCAGCUCUUUCAGCAGUGACCCUUUUAACUUCAGCAACCAGAAUGGCAUGCGCAGGGAUGACAAAGACCACCUUAUAGAACAGCUGUACAAAGAAAUUGCAAUGCUAAGAGAUGAACUGGGAAACUUCAAAUCAGAGAACCAUCGCUUGGUCACUAACCUUAAAGGGCGGAUUCAAGAGCUGGAGGCAGAAUUAGCUGAGCAGAAGCACCUCAGAGAACAGGCAGUGGAUGAGAAUGAAUUUCUGCGCACAGAGUUGGAGGAUCUAAAAAGGAAAAGAGAGGAUACAGAGAAAGCACAAAAGAGUUUGACUGAGAUAGAGCGAAAGUCUAUUGCUAAUGAGCAGCGCUACACAAAACUGAAGGAGAAAUAUGCUGAACUUGUGCAGAGCCAUGCAGAACUCCUGAGGAAGAAUGCUGAAGUAACAAAGCAAGUGACCAUGGCACGCGAAGCCCUUGUUGACAUGGAACAUUCCAAAAAAGAACUAGAAGAUUCUUACCAGCGGGUGAAUGAACACACUCAGAGGAAGGCACACGAGCAAAUACAAGAGAUGGAUCAGCUACAAGGGGCACUGGAGUACAGAAAACAAGAAGUCCAUCUUCUGAAAGCAAGCAUAGAAGCCUCUAAGCAAGAGGGUCAGGUAAGGGUUAUGGAGCUGAAGGAGAGUGUUAUUGAUCGUGUGCUGCAGGAAGCUGAGUCCAUUAUUCAGGAAUCGAUGAGACAAUUAGAUGAACCCCAAUAUUCAAGUGGAACUAUAUCUACAGAUUUUCUCAUCACAAGAACCCUGGCAGCAGUGCAAAGUACAGAAAAAAUGGAGGAAGCCUGGAAAUCUCAUAUGGCAGACCCUUCAGAUAUAAGCUUGUUACUUCUACCUCUUGUUCAGUUUGCACAUCGGAUAAGUCAUGUCAUUAUUCAGGGAGCUCAGACAACAACAUUCGACAGGUUGAGUGACGGCUGCCGGACAUGUGGUACAGAAGCUCUUAGCUACCUCUCCAGCCUUCGAAAGAAUGAGACCGAAGGAAAGGUUGACUGCAGUAGAGUAACUGCAGCAUUGAAACAUAUAACUGAGAUUGCUCAGGAGCUGCGACCUCCUUCGCUGGAUAUCAGAGAAGAAAAGCUGGGAGAUCUUGUAGAGAAAGAAAUGGCUGCCACUGCAGCAGCCGUAGAGACAGCUGCCACUAGGAUUGAAGAAAUGUUAACUAAAUCCCGAACUGAUGAUACUGGAGUAAAAUUACAAGUAAAUGAAAGGAUUCUGGGAUCAUGCACAGAUCUCAUGCAGGGGAUACAAGCUUUGAUAUUGGCAUCUAAAGACCUACAGAAAGAGAUUGUUGAAAGUGGAAGGGGUGCAGCAUCUCAAAAGGAAUUUUAUGCUAAGAAUUCUCGCUGGACAGAAGGGCUGAUCUCAGCAUCAAAAGCUGUGGGCUGGGGAGCUACAGUUAUGGUAGAUGCAGCAGACCUUGUGGUCCAGGGCCAAGGAAAGUUUGAAGACCUCAUUGUCUGUUCUCAUGAAAUUGCAGCAAGUACAGCCCAGUUGGUGGCAGCUUCCAAGGUAAAAGCUGAGAAGAACAGUGGGAACCUUUCUAGACUCCAACUGGCCUCCAAAGUCGUUAAUCAAAAUGCAGCCGGAGUUGUGGCUUCUACGAAGUGUGUUAUGUCUCAGAUUGAGGAAAAAGACACUAUGGACUUCUCCAGCAUGACUCUGACACAGAUUAAACGACAGGAGAUGGAUUCUCAGGUGCGGGUCCUGGAACUUGAAAAUGAACUUCAAAAGGAGCGAGAGAAGCUGGGGGAGCUACGGAAAAAGCAUUACGAUUUGGCUGGGGUUUCUGAAGGCUGGGGAGAUGCUGCAGAAUAACCUUCACUGUUGCAUCCUCUUACAAUAACAAUUGCACAUACGGAGUCGAACGCAGACUUGAAAAGCACACGUCUAUUCAGUAUAGAACCUCUCCAACAUAGAGCUCACUGGCACUGGGUAUUCCUGAGAAAUCACAAUGAGCAGUAAGGGUGAAGACCCAACUGGAAACAAGAAGCCAGGAAGAGGAAAAUUAUCAUAGCCAUUAUGCUCAACACUUCUCACCUUCAAUAUGCUUGGAAGAAAAAAAUAAAUAUUAAAUUUCUUAAUAUAUACUUUCAUUUAGCAUUUAACAGGACACAGCAGGAAAGAAAACAAAACGUACUUGCAGAGAGAGUUCUGCUGCCUCUUUGGCAUCUGAGUGUUAUAAUUUGUUUCAGACUCGGAACUUCAGUCAUUACAGAAUGCUUAACUGCAGCAUUUACCCCACAAAUGACAUUGAAAGAGUUUCCACUUAUGUAAGACCUUCCAAAGGUAUGCAGCACAACUUUCAUGAAGCACUGUUGGUUUGCAUAUCAAUUAGCUGUUAAACAUGCAAAGCAAUAAUCUGACAAUUCUAUGUUUAGAUUGGUGGACUAAGUAUAAAUAUGUUUACUAUGUAUACAUGACAUAUUGUAAUCAUUCUUUACUGAGCGCCAAGAUCACAAAUCUAAGAGGCGCGUUGCCAUCACGUGUACUCUAUAUGGCCAAAAGUAUGCAGACAUCCCUUUAAAUUAGUGUAAAUUGCUAUUUAAGAGACACUCGCUACUAACACGGAUGUUUCCUCGUAAUUGUCAGCAACAAACAGAAUGUGUCGUUUGUAAAGAGCUCAGUGACUUUCAUUGUGGUACUAUCAGGAGAUGCUUCCUUUCUAUAAAGUCAGUUCUGCUCUUCUAGAGCUGGCCUGGCUAAAUGAUGAAUGAAUUGUGAAGAACAAACAUCUAGGAGGCCAAAACCCCUCAGUCGGGAAGUGUUAUUCCACAGGACAACCAUGUACUAAAGCAUACAGUGCAUAAAAAUUGGGGGCAAAGCAGCAAAUGCUGGUGACGCAGGGACAUCGGCGAUUUACUAAUGGGCGCAGGCGCCAAUUUGCUAGCGACAGAGAUAGGCGCUAGCGCUUGGACAUUAAUCCACAAACUCACUAAAAUGCAGAUUUUACUGAACGUUACCUCUUUCGCUAGACUUGCCUUCGCCAGCUCAGACCAGGCGAAGUGCAAUGGAGUACAUAGAUCUUCCUUAAUCUUCUGUUACUUACAUCAUAUUCUGCGAGUGAAAAAAGCAUCAAAGUUCAAAAAAUGCUGGCGUCUUUUCCA